AUGAUCACGGUGACGUCAAACUGCGUGGCGGUGAUGGUGGAGGUGGGGACGGCAACUUUUUCCACUGACACGACAGAUGGUCAUAUGCGUGCAGAUCGUCAAUUUGAGGAGGGGAUUGGCGGAGUGGUGGCGGCGGCGUUCAAGGCGCUUGUUGAACCCACAUCGAUUUUGUUCCUCAGGUCUACGGUGGCAGUGAAUUAG